GACGCUGAGCAAUGGACAAAUGCCAGUGGGCUCUUCUGCAGCGGUCUACUUCGAGAAUCGAGCUUGUCAUAUUGAUUUGAAGCUAGAUUUCUAGGUGUAUACUUCCAAUAUACCUCGACCAUGAAUCACCAGUCGGGAUACAACAUCUAAUGCUGAACCUUAACGACCGUGCCAGCGGACAUACAAGAACUACGACGCCUAGGCCUACCUGAUUUGGAGGUUGGCCCACGCCACGCAGGUCCGAGUCGGUGCUUGAUCUUGACCGACCGGGACAAGUACGCGUCCUACUGCACCACAAUGCCGAACGAUGCUCUGGCUCCGAAAUCAAUUGCGCACGACGGACCGCAGAGUGGGACUCAUGCUCGCACCAUGCUGACGUUGUGGACAUCGCUUUUGUAUAUAAACUGAGCAGCGACGAACUGGCCUGGCAGCAUCGACUCGGUCGUAUCAGCACUAGCAACAUGUCUCAGUCUACAUAUGCUACUCGCCGCCUCGGACGCGAUGGCCCUUUGGUUAGCGCAAUAGGCUUUGGAGCGAUGGGCCUUGGAGCGUUCUACGGAACAGGCAUCCCUGAUGAACAGGCUCACUCGCUGCUCACCUACGCCGCAGAUCGUGGGGUCACUUUCUGGGACACGGCCAACAUCUACGGAUCGAGUGAAAGAGUGAUCGGAGACUGGUUCACGAAGACCGGCAGACGAUCGGAGAUAUUCCUCGCGACGAAGUUCAGCCGCCGGGACCCCGCUAUCACUCCUGGAACUACUGGAUACCUUCACGACCAACUGGAGAAGUCGCUGCGCGAACUCAAGGCGGACUACAUCGACCUUUAUUACCAGCAUCGCGUUGAUGGUGCCCUCCCUAUCGAAGUGGUGCUCGAGACGCUGCGCCCGUACGUUGAGAGUGGGAAGAUCAAGUACCUCGGUCUUAGUGAAUGCAGCGCAGACCAUCUCCGGCGCGCCAGAAGCGUCCCGGUUAUUGGAGAGAAGGUCAUCGCCUGUCAAAUGGAGUACAGCGCCUUCGAGGUGGAGAUCGAAACAGACGGUCUCCUUGCUACGGCACGCGAGCUGGGAGUGGCUAUCGUCGCCUACUCACCGCUAGGGCGAGGGAUGAUUACGGGAAGGUAUAAGUCGCGGAAUGACUUCCCGAAGGAUGACAUCCGCUUUCAAUGGCUCCCCCGUUGGUCAGACGAGAACUUCCCGAAGAACUUGGCCCUGCUCGAGAAGUUCCGCGCAGUCGCGAACAAGUACGGCGCUACGCCUGGACAGGCCGCACUUGCGUGGAUCCUCACAGAGAACCCUGAUUUCGUCCCAAUUCCCGGAUCGCGCAGCAUCGAGCGUCUCGAGGAGAAUGCGAAGGCCGUCGGGGUCACGCUCGCCGAGGAGGAUGUGAAGGAGCUGCGGGCUGCUGUGCUGGCGGCAGAAGUGACGGGUGCGCGGUACCCGGAAGCGUACUUGAAAACACUGGCCUAUGACAGCGUGCCCUUGAGUGAGUGGAAGGGCGAGUAGUUCCAUCGACCGUGACGGGACCUAAAGACAGUGUGCAAGUCGCGUUGUAUCUUUGGAGUGGAAAUGAAGUUUUACGAAGUGCCUUCUCCUUCGCGUUCGAUUCUGCGUGUGUAGAAAUGUAUAUCAGCACGGGAAAGACUGCGGCACUGCCACUGGCAGCACGGUAUCUAGGAUACUUACC